AUGUCUAGACGCCCUCCACAGCCUCUAUCACAGCACUCAUCGUGCAUUAAGCUCGACCAAGAUGCUAGUGUGUCAAAGACUAUGGUAUCCAUGACACCACUAACUGCCAUGCUGAAUAGAGUCUAUAGUCAGAAGUGCGCCGUGCGUAACGUGUCGCGAGGUACAACAGGUCCGGAAUCUAAGAAAAGCGCCUCUAACUCGUCAGCAGUUGCCCCCACUCCUUCACUUGGCUCAAAGACAGUUACAUCUGAGGACGUACUGAAAGCUAUAGAUCAACUCUCCAUUACCUUCCAGGACAUAAAGAAAUCAUCGGAUUUGACCGCAAAGUCAGUGUCCCAAACAAAGCCUCUUAGCUCCAUAACGGCAAAUGACCUGAACGCCCUUCCACAGUCUGGUCAGGCUGCUGCCGCAGUAGACGUUACUCAGGAAAACGACUCUUCCACAAAUCUGGACAAUUUUGAAUUCACUGGAAAAACAAUGCAGGAGAAGGUUGCUGAGCUUAGAGCUAAGCCGGAGAUUUUGAAGAAGAUAAUAGCAGACUGCAACAACGAAAAGGCAAAGGCAGUGCUAGCCAAGAGAACAAAAAACUUGGAGGACAGAAUAGCACACAGAGCUUUUCUCUCUCGCAUGGAGCAGGGGACGGUUCCACAGAGCAAUCCCCGCUGUUACACAGAUUCACUUCAACACAGGCAUUUGUUUACGCCCUAUGCUGCGAGUUAUAAGACUACGGGAGAUAGAGUUACAACCUCUGGUAACAUACCGACCGAAUUAUCAGCCUCUCUAAACCAAAAGAUUCGUACUUGCCUCGCUAGUUCCACUCCAAAAGCUGCGGGUGCCUCUGGCUCCGCUCUCGAAAUAGGAUCCUAUCAAGAUACGCAGCUUUUCUCGACGGCAGUACCUCCGCUUAUUCCAGACAUUGUGAAGCAUAAUCGGCUUCUUUCACGCACAGACUACUAUACACCAGAAGUGGCAGCUCUCCGGAAUGAAUACAGAGGCUUACGGGAAAAUAUUAAGAUGGAGAUGGUACUAAACAACUACGACGCAGUCACCAUGAAAGAAUAUGAAAGGAGCUCUUCAGCAUAUCGCAACAAGCUACAAAAUGCACCUGGAAUUAUUCUGCCUCAGACAUUCAUUAUUCAACGCAACAAACUAUGCCCCCUAAUUUACCUAGCUGCUCGAUUUGCGGCUCUCUUCGAAGUUUCGAAGCUCUACUCAGAAAUCAAUCUCAAUAAUGCAUUGAUGAGCAAGGCUGCGAUCACUAUUCAGUAUGUGUUCCGCGCCUAUGCCGCUCGCAGGAACCUCGAGCGCAUGCGCCAAGCGGCCACCACCAUUCAGUUGGCAUCGCUCCGCUUUCUCAAUAGCCUUCGGCUACAGCGCCGUAGGGCAUCGCUGCUUGUUAUUAAGCGAUACCUCAUGGAUACAUACAGACAAAAUACAUGGAUGGCUGCGACGUAUAUGCACUAUCAUGGAGCCGCCACGAUUGUGCAGUGGCUGCGCUUUCAUUUGAAAAGAAAGAAUGCUCGCUUGGAGUAUAUCCGGGCCUCUCUGCGCCUCUAUGAUUGGAUCGUGACGAAGGAGCUCCUAGGCCAGAAAAAAGUCAAGGCGGCAGAGGCAUUCAUGCGUGCUGAGUCAAAGAAGAAGACAAAGCGGGACCCAACCACAGGGAAGAAGAUCCUCCCUGUUGCCCCUAGCACUGCUGUCAAUGAUGAGGAGAUAGGUGUAGCAGUGUUCCAGCCAGAUAUAAUUAAUAUGCUCAGUAGAAUACUAUACAAUCAUAUCGCACGUGUGAAUGCAGGCCAACUCGAUAAGAUACACGAAUACAUAUUGGGCCCUUGCAGAGGCUACUGUGGGGCCUGCAUGUCCUUCAUCCCCGGGGAAGAGUGCCUUUUAGAGGUAAUCCGCUGUGCCAAGGGCAUUCACGGGACAGAGGGAAGCACCAUGGGCGAUCUCCAAGCUGCGAUCAAUGGUUUGCUUUUGGACAAUCCACAGUACGUUGAAAAGGUCGUACUAGACGAGAACUUCGGACACGUGAAGGUCAGCAUAGUCAAUGGAGCUAUUGUGGAGGUGAAUGAAGACGAAGAAUAA